AUGUGGCGUCAACUGAGCAUGAACUAUGUGCGUUAUUCGCAGAUUGCCGCAUCGGCUACUCGGAAAUGUUUGAAAAGCAGUUCAAAGAACGAAGUAGAUAGAUCAGGGAAGUCAACGGCUAAAGUCAUUGCAUGGGAAGAUGGCAAGCCGAUGGGUGAUAAUUUUCUGAAUAUACUAACUGAUAUUACAAUGAACUCAGAUUUCGAUGAAGAAACUUGGCUUUUAGAACCGCCUAAAAUACCAUCGCAUUCGAAUGAUGUACAGCAAUCAGGACGAAUUGUAGAAUGGUUAGAGGGCGCAGCAAUGAAUAUUGAUUACGAAACAAGAAGUGCGCUCAGUCGUAGAUUAACAAGCCUAGCUGCUAGGAAAAGUUAG